AUAUAUCGCAAGUAAAAAAGAAAAUCUACGACAAAUUUUACAAUAUUUAUCAUAAACAUUUGCGUAGAAUAACAACACAAUCUUGUCAAAAUGGGAGAUGACCUUCAGGCCAACCUGUCUAUGUACAAACUUCAACUCCAACAGGUCGAUGAGUCACUAUCUUCAGACCCUGAUAACGAAGAUCUCAAGAAACUGAGGACAGAUUUGCUGGAAGUGAUUGAGCUCACCCUUGAUCUGAUUGGACAAAACCAGCCAGCCGCGACUGAUGAUGUCACAGAGGUGGGAGGUGCAUCUGGUGAAACCAUGGCAACCAAGCGGGCACCUGUCAAACACUGGCUGCCCGGGGACAGAUGUCUGGCAAUGUGGUCCAAGGACAAGAAUUUCUACGAGGCCACAGUGGACGAGGUUCUGGAGGACGGCUCAUGUACGGUCACCUUUGACGAAUAUGGAAACACAGAUCUCACAGAGGUUUCCCUACUUAAGCCAGCAGACAAUGAGUCGGCCAAGAAGCGCGCCAUGGAUGGGGCUGGAGGCAGUGGGGACGGGAAAAAACCUCUCUCCAAGAAGGACAAGCUGGCCCUAGAACGGGAAUACAAGAGGAAGAAGAACCAGAAGAAAGCUCAGAGACGCAAGGAGUUGGAGGAGGAGACAGAGUCGGUGAAGAACAAGUGGCUCGACUUUAACGUCAAGACAUUUGCCAAGACCAGUAAGGGCAAGGUCAAGAAGAGCAUAUUUGCCACACCCGACAGCGUGAUCGGCAAGGUUGGGGUGGGGACUUGUGGCCAGGGGGGCCGCCCUAUGACAAAGUUCCAGGGGCAGGAUAAAUGGAAGAAAUAACCAUAAGCCAGCUAUAGAUUGGACUUGAUAAAACUUGUGUGUAGAAUUUUUAACUAUGGACUGAUUUAAGGUUGACCAUGAACAAAGUGAAUGAUACAACCAGCCCAUAGCCACAGUUACAGCUAGUUCCAGCUUUGAUUAUAUGUUCAAAACUUAAUUUUAACAUAACAACAAUCCUUUGAAAUGGAUUGGACAGCCAUAGAAACAGCUUUAUCUAAAUCAUGGCUUUAAAUACAGUUUUGUUUUCAUCAUGGACAAAUCAAGGAUCAGCAGAUAAAUCAACAAUUGAUGCAUAAAUAAUAGCAUAUUCAUCAUGAGCGAGUUGAGUUAUCAGCAGAUAAAUCAACAUUUUCAGGUGCAGGGAUGGUGAACUACUGCAUAUAUAUUUAUCAUGAGCAAGUUGAUUGGAAGAGCAGUCAACUGGGACUUCGUGAUUCUACCUAUUAGUCAAAAGUGGUUCAUUGUCAAGGGUUAUCCUGACUUAUGGAUUUUCAUACAUUUUAAUCUCUUUAAUCACUGUUUUUUAAAGGUACGAAGUUAAGAUAUUGUUCUUACCAUCGUCUUGAGGAAAAGCAUUUACCUUUGUCAUAACUCAAACGACAUUCAUGAUAUUAUAAUAAAACUUGGUACACAUGUUGCCUGAGACAAUAUGCACAUCUACAACAAGGUCCAGCACUCUGGCUGUAAAAAAUAAUUGAGUUAUGUUCAAUGUUUGAUUUAAAUUCAACAGCAGAUAAUUGUUGUCAUUUUCUCUUCGGAGCUUUUGUUUUCUUUCAUCACAAACCUGUUGAGGUAAUAAUGAGCAACACUCAUGGGAACCGUGGAUAAUGUAUAAUAUAUUCUUUUCUUCAUAAGCAGUCCGUGUAUUCAGACUUAUUAUGUAUGUAAUGCAUAAAGGAAUUAUCUCAGUGUGGCAUAGGGAUAACCUCUGGGAUUGGUGGAGGAAGCUUCUUGUGAUCCAUAGAUUUCAAAUAUAUUUCUCAUUUCAUCAUGGAAAAGUAUAAGAUAUAUAACAAGGUGCUUUCUGUGGAUAAAGCUUAUCCUGAUCUGUGGAAUUUAACCCUGACUUUGUUUUAGGCUUUGACAUGAUUAGGUGUAUAUAUUGUGAUAUGGACCAUAGAAAGAUGUAUUCACCAAGAUAAAGUUGAGGUGAAUCUCACUUUUUGUUGUUCACAAAACGAGAUAAACACUUAUAUCAACUACUUUUACAUCAUAUUUUUUAUUCAGUCACCCAUCAACAUUACCGUGCGCUUUGAAUAUCACUUCACUGAUGUUUAUUCUUCUUAUGGUCUCUUAUUUUUAUUAUAACAUACAUCGAUUAAGUUUCACAUGCUGGUUUAUGAAAAAAAGUCACUUUUUGCCAGUAGAUACAUGUAUCCGUGUCUAUGGUUUGUCAUGAAACAGACUUUCGACCAUUUUAAGGGUGGAAAUAUACUUAACAUAUAAUAAUAAGACAUUGUGUCACCGCAUCCAUGGGUAAAUGAAGUCUACGGUUUACUGAAAAUAAAGAACUUAUCUUGCAGAAUCAAAUGUGUAUUGUUCUUAUUUUGUAAACAAAUCAUUUCAAAAAUUGAAAUAGAAGUAAUAACAAUACAUCUUUGUUGUAAAUCUUAACAGUAUAGGAGGUUUAGAUGUCUUUUUUACUUCCUUUUUGUACAUUAUAUGUGACUGCAUUUUUAAUUUCAUAUAAUAUUAGUAUACUGUACUUGACAUGAUUUCCUGAAGACAAAAAGCUGUACCUUGUUUGUACAGACUGUUUUUCUAUUUGUACUUUUAUAUUGGGUCAUUUUCCUUGAAUUUGUUAAUAAUUUAAUUAUUUACAUUAAAAAAUAACUCGUCAUCUCACAAUCUAUUCAUAUUGUAUUAUUCUUCUCAGACUAACCUCUAAUUUGAUAUGUUCUUGUUGAAACAAGUGUAAAUGUUUUAUUGUAACAAAAUUAAAUAAAAUUUUGAAACAUA